AUGGGUAAUGGCAUUAAUAAGGUUCUUCCAGAUCUUUAUGUUGGAAAUAUCAAAGAUGCCGGUGACAAGGAUCUGUUGGUGCAGCACAACAUCACCCACAUCCUGUCCAUCCACGAUGCAGCUGCACCCGUGUUCGAGGACAUGACAUAUCUUUGUAUAUCUGCAGCUGAUCACAGGAGGCAAAAUCUGAUUCAGUACUUCAGAGACAGCAUCAUAUUCAUGCACAAAUCCAGAGUGAAAGGAGAGGGCUGCCUUGUCCACUGUGUGGCAGGGGUUUCCCGUAGUGUGACAUUGGUGGUGGCCUAUAUCAUGACAGUGACAGGUCACGGUUGGGUAGAGUCUCUAGCGGCAGUGAGGGCAGCUCGGCCAUGUGCAAGACCCAACCUGGGCUUCUUACGUCAGUUGGAGGAGUUUGAGAACACAAAGCUAGAACAACAUCGGACCUGGUGGAACACACAUUGUGGCAAAGACUCACUCCAUGAUGAAGAGGAAGUUAGACAACUUUUAAUGCGUAGAUCCAAAGGCAGCAGUAGUGACUUUCCAACCAGUAUCACAACAUCUCUGGCCUUAAGCGGCUCUUGAACGAGGUCACAAAGUCCUCUACUGCCCCUCUUUUGACUAUACACACAAGAACUGUGGGUCACAAAAACUUUGUCGCUAUUACCACGACACAACCUUGUGAACAGAGAAAUAUGACCACAACAAAGGAGUGAAUUACAUGUUGUCCAGUGUUGCAAAAAGCAGAGAUUGGAUUAAGUCAUUUAACUAAAGACUGCCUGAAAUAUUUUAACCUGUAUAAACAAUGGCACCACUAAUAACCCAAAGAAAGCAGUAACUAAUUGGGGUGGGUGAUACUACACACUUUGGUGUCAAUCCGACACAAAUUAAAUACACGGUCAGUAUUGCUGAAACUUAUACAUUUUACAAAAAUAAAUGUUGUUUAAAAAAAUACAGCAUAAAGAUUUUAGGCAAACAGACACAAAAUAUUUUUAGUGGCAAUUGUAUUUGUGAACUAUUGAACAAUAUAUACAGUAAAUACAACAAUACAAGACAAUUUAACAAUAUCAACAAAACAUAUACCGUAUUUUUCGGACUAUACGGCGCACUUAAAAUCCUUUCAUUUUCUCAAAACUCGACAGUGAGCCUUAUAACCUGGUGCGCCUAAUGUACGGAAUAAUUUUGGUUGUGCUUACCGUCCUCAAGGCUAUUUUAUCUGGUACAUGGUGAAAUGAUAAGUGUGAUCAGUAGAUACAGUCACACAUAAGAGAUACUGUAGACUGCAAUAUGAGUCAAGUAAACAACACCAACAUUUUAUAUGUUCCAUUGAGAAUAUAGAACAUUACACACGGCGCUCAAAAAUCUAUCAAAAUGUUUUAGAAUGACUUUGGUAAGCUAUGAAGCCGCACCGCUUGAUGGAUUGUACUGUGCUUCAAUUAUUAUGGUGUGUGUAUAAGGUAAGACAUAUUAUCUGGGGUUUUGUUUCGAAAUAUUAAGCAAAAGCAACUUUUCUUACUUUCUGGUACCUAUUGAUCUGUAUUUGGGAUCUGCAUAAGUCCUGAAAAUUUGCACGCAUCCGCCAUUGUAAUCCGUUCCGACACCGUAGUCGAUAAGCUUUUCUUAUUUUUCUCUAUCUUCUUGUUAUGGGACAUUCAUCCUCCGCUGUUGCCAUUUCUAAUAUAACUGUAAAGUUCUUACUUAUAUCUGUCAGUAAACGCGCCAUGAAAGCGCUAAAACAUACCGGUGUAGUGAGUCCGCCCACAAAAUGGCGCAUCCUGAAGAAAGAGGCUUGCAGAUGAUCUGUUAAACAUAAUCUAUGCAACAUUUUGACCAAAGAACCACCAUCACAUGUUAUGUAGACCAUAAGGAAGUGUUUUCAAUUUAGAAAAAAAUAAUAAUAAUAUGACUCCUUUAGUGCGCCCUAUAAUCCGGUGCACUUUUUUGUAUGAAAAUAAAUCUGACUAGACCCGCUCAUGGCAGUGCGCCUUAUAAUCCGGUGCGCCCUAUGGUCCGCAAAAUAUGGCAAUUCUUUCCUUUUAUACGUUUAUUACACACAAUUAUAAGAGCAAAAUAAAGUUAAUAGUGCAAAAUAACUAAACAAAAUUAAUAACUGCUGUGGGUUCUUAUUCAAAUCCUGACUUUUUGCCUCCUAUGCUCUUUUGUGUACCUGAUGUGAGGGUUUGUAAACGAUAUAACUACAGUAUAUAACAAUAUUACAACAGUACUGAUGUGGUUUGUACCAGUUCUGGCGUGAGGUACGGAUCCGUUGACAUUAGGGAUGCACCCGAUACUGCAGGACUUUUUGCCAGAGCAGGCUUAAAUACUUCAGGUGUUGGAUCCAGGCGAUGAUCCGUGCUCUGGCCAAACAAUGUUUGUCUCCAAUGUCUUAACAGGGGAAAAAAGUCCCAAUUAUGUCCUCUGCUUUCCUCAACACUCUCUGGCAAGCUUUCUUAAUAAGCUGUUGUACAAUUCAUAUCCUGUGUAUUGGUACACAUUAUACAAUUUUUCCAUACAUUUUCGUACUCCUGUAUUUAUUAUCUAUUUAUGUAUCUCAUUAAUUUAUUUCUUGAU